GUGGGAGUAACAAAUCUUAUGGGUUGCAGAGCAAAAAUGGAAACAAGGCUUUUCAAGAAGGGAACACAGGUCGAAGCUUGCUUCGAUGAGCCGGGCAUCCGGGGUGUCUGGUUCACGGCAACUGUAAUCCGACCGCCCAGAAGGGACAAGAAGGUAUAUCUUGAGUUCCAAACUUUACUGAACGAAGAGGGAGGCUCAGAGCGGCUGAAAGAGAGGACCACUGUACUCAAUAUUAGGCCUUCACCUCCUCGUGAAGUCCAUCGGACAUUCAAGAUGAAUGAAGAAGUUGAAGCAUUUCACGAUGAUGGCUGGUGGGAAGGAGUCAUUACCAAAGUUCAUGAUACGGAUAGGUUUUCCGUUUACUUCAAGGUUAGCAAGGAGGAACUCGUUUUUCCUGCAUGCAACCUGCGUCUCCGUCGCGAAUGGGUUGAUGGCAGCUGGGUUCCUCCCUUUGAAGAAAUCGACAAGAGUAAUAUGUGGAGAUCAAAGGGGAGUAACAUGCUGAAACCAAAGGGUCCAUCAAAAAAGUAUUCAUCAAAAUCUAAGAUUAAGUUUGUAAAGGGAAUGCAAGUGGAGAUUAGCAGUGAUGAAGAAGGUUACGUUGGUGCUUGGUUUGUUGCAACCUUUGUCAAAAAAGUAGAGAACAAGUACAUAGUGGAGCAUAAGCACUUCACAACAGAUGAUGGGACUGAGCUUUUAAAAGAAGAGGUGGAUGUUCAGCACAUCAGGCCUCUUCCUCCUGAGAUUCUAAUGGUCGACCAUUUCAAACUUCUUGAAGAAGUCGAUGCUUGGUACAAUGAUGCUUGGUGGGUAGGUACAAUCUCCAAAGUUCUUGACAAUUCAAAGUACAUAGUCUACUUCAAGAACUCCAAAGAAGAAAUGAAGUUUGAGCAUUCGUCUUUGAGGCUUCAUCAGGAAUGUGUUGAUGGCCAAUGGAUCAGGGCUCCCUGGGUAAUGUUUCCUUCAUACUCUCAGUUCUGAUUUUCUCUUCCUCAUA